GUGGGCGCGAGCGCGCGGGGAUCGGAGCUGGGCGGCCCCGAGCCGGCGCGGGAGCCCGGGCUUCCCGACCAUGAAACGGUGGGGCACGCCCCUUCAGAAGCUGUUGUUCAAGACAAUCUAGUUUUGUUUCCAUCAAUCGCGUAAGUCACGUAUGAAGUUUCUUGUUCAGAAAUUGCCGCAUUGCAAUGAAGAAAAGGAGAAAGGUUACUUCAAAUCUUGACGAGAAGAUCCAUCUAGGCUAUCAUAAAGAUUCUGCAGAAGAAAAUGCUGCUGUGGAGUGUGGCCAAGUGACCUAUCCGCAGGCUCCAGAGAGACCAACCCCUGAAGCUCCUCAGUGUUGCCGAGAACUUCCUCCCUCUCCAGAUCAGAGAAAGCUCUUGAGUUCUUUGCAGUAUAAUAAAAAUUUGCUGAAGUAUUUGAACGACGAUAGGCAGAAGCAACCGUCUUUCUGUGAUUUACUUAUCAUAGUGGAAGGAAAAGAGUUCAGUGCUCAUAAAGUAGUAGUUGCUGUCGGCAGUAGUUAUUUUCAUGCGUGUCUGAGCAAAAAUCCAAGCACCGAUGUUGUCACCCUGGAUCACGUAACGCAUUCAGUUUUUCAGCAUUUGCUUGAGUUUCUCUACACAUCGGAAUUUUUUGUGUACAAAUACGAAAUACCUCUUGUCUUAGAGGCUGCAAAAUUUUUGGACAUCAUAGAUGCAGUAAAGCUGCUGAAUAAUGAAAAUGUUGCUGCGUUUCAGGCAGAACUGACUGAAAAGUCGUCACCAGAAGAAACACUAAAUGAACUAACUGGAAGACUAUCAAGUAAUCAUCAGUGCAAAUUUUGUAGUAGGCAUUUCUGCUAUAAAAAGUCCUUAGAGAAUCAUUUAGCCAAAACUCACAGGUCUCUGUUAUUGGGGAAAAAACAUGGGUUAAAAAUGCUGGAGAGAAGUUUUUCUACCCGGAGGUCAAAGAGGAAUCGGAAGUGUCCUGUUAAGUUUGAGGACACCAGUGACGAUGAACAGGAAAGUGGGGAUGGGUCAGACAAUUUGCAUCAAGAAAGUUUUGAGAAGGAGAGGUCAGAUAGAAAUGAUUCUGAGGACCCUGGAAGUGAAUAUAAUGCUGAAGAUGAAGAGCUGGAGGAGGAAGUGUCCGAUGAUGACUCUGACACUGAGCAGAGUGACAAAGAUAAUGAUGCAGAAGAGGAACCCGAGGCUGGUGACUCUGCAGGGAGCAUCCAUGAAGGGUUAGCUCCUGUAAUCAUUCAGAACAGCAAUAAGAAAAUCCUUCAGUGUCCCAAAUGUGAUAAGACAUUUGACCGGAUAGGGAAAUAUGAGAGCCACACCCGUGUGCACACAGGUGAGAAGCCUUUUGAGUGUGAUAUUUGUCACCAGCGUUAUUCGACAAAGUCUAACUUAACUGUUCACAGAAAGAAGCACAGUAACGAAGCAGAGUUUCAUAAGAAGGAGCACAAGUGCCCUUACUGUAACAAGCUGCACGCAAGCAAGAAGACACUAGCCAAGCAUGUCAAGAGAUUUCAUCCUGAAAAUGCACAAGAAUUUAUUUCCAUCAAGAAGACUAAGAGUGAAAGUUGGAAAUGUGAUAUUUGUAAGAAAUCUUUUACUCGAAGACCACACUUGGAAGAACACAUGAUUCUGCAUUCACAAGAUAAGCCUUUUAAAUGUACCUAUUGUGAAGAACAUUUCAAGUCCCGGUUUGCAAGAUUAAAGCAUCAAGAGAAGUUCCACCUAGGACCCUUUCCAUGUGAUAUAUGUGGUCGUCAGUUCAAUGAUACUGGAAAUUUAAAACGCCAUAUAGAAUGUACUCAUGGUGGAAAGAGAAAAUGGACUUGCUUUAUUUGUGGGAAGUCGGUACGAGAAAGAACUACUUUGAAAGAACAUUUGAGAAUACAUAGUGGAGAAAAGCCUCAUCUUUGCAGCAUCUGUGGGCAAAGUUUUCGUCACGGAAGUUCAUACAGGCUUCACUUGCGAGUGCAUCAUGAUGACAAAAGAUAUGAGUGUGAUGAAUGCGGGAAAACGUUUAUUCGCCAUGACCACCUUACAAAGCACAAAAAAAUACACUCAGGUGAGAAGGCUCAUCAGUGUGAAGAGUGUGGAAAGUGCUUUGGUCGCAGGGAUCACCUCACUGUUCAUUACAAGAGUGUGCACCUGGGAGAGAAGGUGUGGCAGAAAUAUAAAGCAACAUUUCAUCAAUGUGAUGUUUGUAAGAAGAUUUUUAAAGGAAAGUCAAGUCUGGAAAUGCAUUUUCGGACACAUUCAGGUGAAAAACCAUACAAGUGUCAAAUUUGCAAUCAGUCGUUUAGAAUUAAGAAAACUUUAACAAAACACCUGGUUAUUCACUCUGAUGCCCGGCCUUUCAAUUGUCAACAUUGCAAUGCAACAUUUAAGCGGAAAGAUAAGCUGAAGUACCACAUUGAUCAUGUUCAUGGGAUAAAAUCUCCUGAUGAUUCUCUCAGUACUUCUGAGGAAAAACUCAUGUCUUUGCCAAUAGAGUACUCAUCUGAUGAUAAGAUCUUUCAAGCAGAAACAAAACAGUAUCUGGACCAGCCCAAAGUUUAUCAGUCGGAAGCCAAGACUAUGCUACAGAACGUGUCUGCGGAAGUAUGUGUUCCAGUAACAUUGGUCCCUGUUCAAAUGCCUGACACAUCCAGUGAUCUGGUGCCUCAUACUACCACACUUCCCACAUCGUCCCAUGAGAUGCUGCCACCACAGCCACCGUCAACUGAUUAUCCUCGUGCAGCAGACUUAGCUUUUCUGGAAAAAUACACUCUUACUCCUCAGCCUGCAAAUAUAGUUCAUCCAGUCCGACCUGAACAGAUGCUAGAUCCUAGAGAACCGUCUUACCUUGGAACAUUACUGGGCCUUGAUAGCACAACUGCUGUCCAGAAUAUGUCCAGUAGUGAACAUCGUUCAUGAGUAACCAUUCCAUAGACUGUUUAAUGCUGUAAGCUGACAGCCAGAAGCUACUGGUUUUUGAAUUAGUAGGGCUGCUAUUUUUUUCUCCAUCUUUCCCCCUAAUUUCUCAAGUCUUCAGAACAGCUUCAAAUCAAGAAAAGUUUAUUUCUGUUGACUGAAUACUUGGACACGUUUUGACAUAAUAUUUGAAGUAUGAUUUUUUAAAAAAAAAUCAUUUAGUACUAAUUUUGAAAUUUUAAAAUUUCAGAUUAUUAGCUGCUGACAAUGGUGGAGGUAUUUUUUUUUUUAAAAUCAUCAGUGGAAUUUUUUUCAUUUUUCUUUUUUUUUUUUUGAGACAGGGUCUUAGUUUGUAGCCCAGGGUAGCCUCAAUUUGCGACAGACUUUCUGCCUUAGCCAACCAGUUGCUAACAGGUGUGGGCCCCAAGCCAAGGUUUUACUUUUAAUCAUCUAUUUUGUCCGUUUCCCAUAUUGCUAUGAAGUUUUAAGAACUAUGUAGCCUAUAGGAAGGAAUGUAAACAUGUCAAUAUUGGCAAAAGUUUAGUACUAAUUAAAUAUUUUGUUCAGAUUUUCAAAGUUGAGUUUAGAAACUUAUUGAAAUUUCUUACAUAUUUUUGUAAGAAAAUCUUGAUACUUUGAGGUUGUCAUCUACCCAUUCUUUUUGUCAGUAUAUUUGGAUUUUUCACAAGUCAAAAUCCAAGAGCUAACAAAUACAAGAUUAGCAUGCUAAAUAAAAUAUAAGAUUGUUAUUUUAAUCUAGAUAAUUGGACCUGUACUCAACUAUGUUAAAUAAUAAAUACAAACUUAGCUCUAGACAUUAAAUUAUCUAAUUGAGUAUAUCGUAACGAAAAGAUGUCAGUUUCACCUACAUAUCAGUGUACAUUUGCAUUUUGUAUUUGGGUACUUCCUCCUCGUUCAGUAUGUGUCAGUAUCUACAGAGGAGUAAGGAAGGAAGGGACAAGUGUCACUAAAGUGAUGGCAGUUCAGUUCCACAGUGUAGUUAGCGUUUCAUUCACCACAUUUGCCUGUCUGAAGCAGGGAAACAGAACCUAGAUAUUUUACAUAUAGUUAUCAGAAAAGGUGCCAAACCUAUUCUCAAAUCCGCCCUAACUUAACAUGAUGCUCUUCAGCUGAGUGCACUACUGUUUGUGUAUAGAUUGACACUUAAACCAGAUCUUUAUUUUUGCUUCUGUAUGAGAUUUGUCUCUGUUGUUCAUUGUUUCUGGAUGAGGCAGUGGUUGAAGUCUUGGUGAAAGGAAAUAUGAUUUACAGCAGCACUUCACAGAUUAAGUUUAAGUGAAGAAAAAAAUCUUCCAGAAAUAUGAAAUAUCUUUAGAGAUGUGCACUUUGCAUUUUUUUAACUCAAUUUCAUCUUAAUGUAGGAUGAGGUUUUCCUUGUGGGGUUGCUGAUGCUUAGAUAGGCAGGGUUGACUCACUGUUAACAUGCAGUUUGUAUGGAAACUACUGGAAAAAUAGCAGUUUUUAAAACUUUUCUAUUUCAAUUUGUUUACACUCCUAAUUGCUUUUAGCACUUUUGUGUGUGUGUGUGUGUGUGCGUGUGCGUGUGCGUGUGCGUGUGUGUGUGUGUGUGUGUGUGUGUGUUUGUGUGUAAACUGCAACGUCUUGCUUGGCCCUUGUGGGUUUUGAAAACAUAUCACAAAUAAAAUAAUGAACUUCUAGUGAAUAAAACGUAAUCAAUAAGGAGGACACUGUUUAAGCACUUAAGAAAUGAAGGUACUUUAUAGGAACAGUUGCCAUAUUAAUGUUCAAAGAGCAUGUUGCAAAUUGAGGCAUUAACCAAAGUAGCUAAUAUAAAUAAUAAAGAUAACCUGAGUUUUGCCUCACUUAUCAAAGUUUGGUUGUUGUAAUUAUCUUUGGACUAGUGAACUUAAUUUUGUAUUAUUUCUUAUUGCUAAAGUCUUCUUAGUGUGGAAGUGUCCUGUGGGCACUAAUGACAGAGCGGAGUCUGAGCACUAUGAGUCCUGGACUUAGAAAUCAUUGUCAAGAGUACAGAUUUGUGAUUUUUAUCCUAAAGGCAGAUAAGAUUUCUAACUAAAUAUCUUACUGAAAUGAAAACAUCAUACUUAGAAACGUACUUUGCUUUAGAGAAAAGCUAAUGUAAAAAAAUUCCGGUUUAUCAAAAAAGGCAAAUGUUAUAUAUGUGUUUAUGUGCAUGAUGAAUUGUAUAUUUUGACAGAAAAGGAGGAUACUACAUUUUUCACAGUGGAAAUAUUACCUUGGGCUUUGAAGGUACUUAAGGUUCUUUCAAUAAUGAUAUUCUAACACUUUAAAUAUAUGACUUAAUUUUAGGAAUUGGCUUACAUAGGACUUUUUAAGAAUAUAGCUCUUAUGUAAAGUGACAUACAAUUUUAUAAUUGUACUUAGCUAUUAUUGUAGAAAAGCUGAAAUAAUGUCUGUUAUUUAAAACAUUUUCACGUUAUCUCAUUUGAAUCUCGUAAGCAGUUUUGAAAUAGAAAGGAAAUGAUGUAUUUCCAUUUUAGAGAGAUAGGACUCAUUUUGACUCUACUCUCAUGACAGAACUGCCUUGAGUGGAAGGAGGAGGCACAUAGCAUUUACAAAGGCUUACUAUAUGCAGAACUGUGUUCUCUUGUUCUUAACGCAGUCUGGAGGUAGACAGUAGAAUAUUUAGGAAGAAAUAAGUAAACCCAUAAUAAUGAAAAGAUUACUGUUCCCUCUGGUUUCCAAAAAUGUAAGAACAUGGAUUUGAGUAAACUGAAUGUAUAUUAGUAUUGUUUAAGUUGGCACAAAAAUUAUAAAAUGGACUCCACUCUUCUUAGUUGACCUUUUUAUGACUCUAAAAAUCAUUAUUUUGUAACUAUGGUUAAAAUUUUGAAUCUCACACGUAAGUUUAGCCUCAUUGUGAAUAUUUUAUUUUGUGAGUAUAAUUUAUUGUUUUAAAUUAAUUUUGAUAGAUAUGUUAGCACUUAAUCUGUAAAUUGAAUAAGUUAUUGAGUGCAGAAAUUUAUUAACUUACUGUCUCUGACUUAAUGCACCAAAGAUUUUGAGUAGGUAUUGAGUAGUUGAAAAGAAUUUAAAUUCUUUGUUGUUUGACUAUAUAUUUGUCCAAAGAAGCACAGCUGAAGUCCUUGGAUAUUGAAUUUUAAAACUUGUUAGUUUGAAUACUGAGAUUAAGUAUUAAAUGUUUGUGUUUAUGUGUAUAAAAUAAGUAGAGGAAAAUACUCUGGGAACAUUCAUACUGACCAACCAGUUACAAGUGAGAAUACUCAUUUCUCUCAGUUUAAUUAAAUGCAGUUUUUUUAAUGAACACUAUUCAAUAAUCCUAUAUUUUACACUACAGUAUAAAAAUAAUUUCUGCCUUAGAGGUUUUUGUUUGUUUGUUUGUUUUUUAGAUCAAGUCGAGGUUAUUUUUAUAAGAAAUCCCUUUGGUUUUGACAGCCUAAAAUACUACUUAACCAUAGGGUUUGUUCCUCAUGCCAGCAAGAUACCUUCAAGCUACUAUAAAAGUAGUAAAGUUUGCAGACUUACAAUUUAGAACCUUACUGCUGGGCAAAAGAGGAAUAAAAAUACCAUUUUAAACUGGUGCUUUAAUAAACUGCCUUUUAAUGAUGGUAGCAUAAAAGAAGUACACUGCUUUCUUUCAACCUUGAAAAGUGUCAAAAACACCUUUAUGGAGUGACUGUAAAGUGUUAAGGGCUAAUCAGUUCCACCCAUUGCUUUUUCACUCAAUCACAAGUUACCUAAACACAACUAACCUGGUGUGUCUAUGAGCUUGAAUGUUCUUCCUACAAUAUCACUCUAAUUUAUUAUUUAUCAAGAGGUUUUGAACAUUAGUUAAGAGUGUCCUUUUAGACCAUCUUUUCUGAAUUGAAUACUUUGUACUUUUUCAGAGAUAUGUAGUUGUGUAGCAUUUUCUUUGUUGCCUAGAUUGUACUGGGAAAUAAAUGACUUGUUCAUUUUGUUUUAUUAUUUGGUUCUGAGUCUUAAUAUUCCUGUUGCCUGCUGGCCGGGCAAUAGCCUUUUACAUGUUAUAUUAACUUAGGAAAAUUGGCAUUAUGCAGUAGUGUGGACACCGGUCUUUAUUAUAAUUUACAUGUCUUUUAAGUUUGUACUGUGGCCUUUAUAGCUAUGGAGUCACUCCUCAGCCUGUCUAGAUGUUUAGCAGAAUCUGACAGAAGGAAUAGUAUGUCUGCUCCUCUUCUCUCUCUCUCUGAUUGCUCUCCUCUUAAGUAACUUGUUACCAGGAACACACAGCUUUGCACUGAAGGCUUAGUUCACUUUUCCUGAACUGAACAUGGUUGGUGGUAUGAGAAGAGCUGGUGUUAGUGAGCGGCGGCAUCCUAGUCAACAUUGAACUUGAGUUGAUGACUCAGGAAAAAGCACGACUUUUCAACAGUCAUGUUUGGACAUAUUUAGUGCCAAAUUUCAAAAGACUGAAAAUGCAUUAUUUAAUAAGGAAUAAGUACUGUUUCUUAAUUUUUAAGUGGUAUUAUGUUAAAUGUUACCUGCUAUUAGUGUAAUGGAUUGAGAGUAAUUUUCUACACAGCUUAUAGGAACUCGACAAUUCUGCAUAUCCACUCAUUUCUUUUGCCUGUUUCCUUUUAGUAAUCUCUGUGAGUUCUUUUUUGGUGUCUUUCCAUAUUUCUUAUAACAUUUUUACUUAGAAUACUUUCCUUUAUGGUAUCAGCAUGUUUUAUGCUUCCUCUUUGGAAGUGGAUUACUAUUACAAAAGCAAUAGGAUUAGAUUGAUUGUGUGGAAGAUGAGAAGAGGAUGAUUUAGUAGGGAGGGUGCGCUUAUGUUCGACUUAUCCAUGUUUUAACUUACUGUAUAUUGAUUUUAAGUCUGUGACCUUUGAAAGAUCCCAAGCCACUUAUUUAGAGAGAAUUUAAAGAUGUUACUUGGAGAACAAAUGUUACUUAAAUAUGAAAAUCUUCUGAAUUCUCAAGUAAAGCUAAGCAAUUUCAAAAUUCGCAUUACUGCCAGAGAUUCUGAAACAUCUCUUUAAUGAAGAGCAUGUGUACAUCUCAUUGUCACUAUGCUUCUCUGUUUGAUAUUCCUGCUUGUAUAAAGUUGAAUAAUGUACUGUGGUGUGAUUAUUGAACUUCAUUUAUCCUUUUAACAAUCAGACUUUUCUCCUUGUAACUAUUACAGUUGAUGAGGGUGAUUGCCAAAAGCUAGGUGUUUAGCUGCUCUGUGUUCUGUCACAACUGUUCUAUUUAAGGGAGAAAUGGUAUAUAUUGAAAUAGAAAUGCUUUUGUUUUCUGUCUCUAAUCAUAAUUUUUGUUUUUAAUUAAGGACUGUUUUAAAAGCAAUUACAAAGGAAAAUCUAAAAUAUCAAAAUUCAUUAUUUUCUACUUUAUGAGAAAUGUCUUAAGUUUAGUAGAUGUUUUGUUUGUCUCAUGUUUCUUAAAUAUAAAUGUAUAGCAAAAAUUCAGUUCCUUGUGAGGAGUAGAUGAGGUCUUACAUAUUAAUUAGUUCCUUGUGUUAUUUUAAUAUUUAAAAUAAACAGUUCUUUGGUCCUAGUAAAGCACACCAAGAUUCUUUUCAAAUUACACUUCCAGAGUAUGGGAUCACAAUGUUUUGCAAGUGUCUAUAAAACAUAAAA